UCUCGAUUUUCUCAUUCGAUUCCUUCUUCCUCCGGCUUCAAGUCGCCGGAUCUUCUUGUUUUCCGAUUCACUUGGAGAUUUCUCUUCUCCUCUAAACACAACACGACGCUUCAUAGUUUUUUUGUUGUGAUUCCGUUUGUUUCAGGAAGAGGCAUGUAAUUCAGGAUUUCCGGCGAUUUGGUGGGACGUUUGGAGAAAGUUCGAGUUUUUAGUAUUCGUAGGAAAGUUUUCUUCUUUUGUUUUGGUUUGUAGAUUUUGUUGAUUAAUGGUUGAAGGUGAGAAAUGGGGCUUCGAUGGUUUUGAAGAGAUUGUGUAUUAUCGUGGAAAUGAGAUUGUUGGAGAUUGCAGAAAGUCAUCUGAUUCGUAUUCACGGGUUUCCUUAGGGACUUUGGAGAAACUGAGAGUUUUGGUUGUUUAGUCUUUGAGAAAAGGUUUAGGCUUUUAGCAUUUCAAGCGUCUUUAUUAAUAAGUGAGUUUGUUUUUCGAGCUUAGAGAUGGAUGAAGAGGCUACUUCUUGGAUUAGGAGGGCUAAGUUUUCUCAAACGGUUUCUUAUCGUUUGAAUUCGUCAAAGUUGGCUUCUCUCCCUUUUAUGGUAAACCAAGAUAAGAUUGCUGGAUUGAGAACUAUACCCCAGAGAUCAUCAUCUUCGUCGUCGGCAUCAUCAUCGGAUCCCAAGUUGGUUUCGAGUAACUCACAGACUACGGAAGAUACCUCGAGUUUGGAAGCUGAUGUAUAUGUUGUUGAUUCGGAAAUACAGACAAACCCUGUAACUAAUAAGCAGAGAUCUGUUUCUCCCUCGCCUCAAAUGGCUGUUCCUGAUGUGUUUAAGGAAGCAAGGUCGGAGCGUAAGAGAUUUUCUACUCCACAUCCGAGACGGGUGGAAUCGGAAAAGGGAAUGAAGCCUAAGUUAUCUCAUAAAAACUCCUUUGAAAAGAGAUCAUUUAAUUUGCGGUCUCCAUCAGGUCCUAUCAGAGAUCUUGGCACUCUGAGAAUUCAAGAGAGGGUGAAGAGUAAGAAGGACACAGGAUGGUCUAAGCUUUUUGAUAAUACUGGUCGUAGAGUGAGUGCUGUAGAAGCUUCUGAAGAGUUCCGUGUUGAUAUGUCAAAGUUGUUCUUUGGGCUUAAGUUUGCUCAUGGGUUAUAUAGCCGGCUAUACCAUGGUAAGUAUGAAGAUAAAGCUGUUGCCGUGAAGCUUAUCACUGUACCUGAUGAUGACGAUAAUGGAUGCUUGGGAGCUCGUUUAGAGAAACAGUUUACCAAGGAAGUCACCCUUUUGUCUCGAUUGACCCAUCCAAAUGUUAUAAAGUUUGUGGGAGCGUAUAAAGACCCGCCUGUAUAUUGUGUCCUCACGCAGUAUUUACCUGAAGGAUCGUUAAGAUCUUUUCUGCACAAGCCUGAGAAUAGGUCUCUUCCUUUGAAAAAGCUUAUAGAGUUUGCUCUAGAUAUUGCAAGAGGAAUGGAAUAUAUUCACUCACGACGCAUAAUUCAUCGGGAUCUUAAGCCGGAAAAUGUAUUGAUCGACGAAGACUUCCAUUUGAAGAUCGCUGACUUUGGCAUAGCGUGCGAGGAGGAGUACUGUGACAUGUUGGCUGAUGACCCCGGAACAUAUCGGUGGAUGGCACCUGAAAUGAUAAAACGGAAACCACACGGGCGUAAGGCCGAUGUUUACAGCUUUGGACUCGUUUUAUGGGAAAUGGUAGCUGGGGCAAUCCCGUAUGAGGACAUGAAUCCUAUUCAAGCUGCUUUCGCAGUCGUACACAAGAACAUUAGGCCAGCUAUUCCGGGAGAUUGUCCAGUAGCCAUGAAAGCUCUGAUAGAGCAGUGUUGGUCGGUUGCACCGGAUAAGAGACCAGAGUUCUGGCAGAUAGUGAAAGUGCUUGAACAGUUUGCGAUUUCACUGGAACGUGAAGGGAACCUGAAUCUGUCUUCGCACAAGAUCUGUAAGGACCCAAGGAAAGGUCUGAAACAUUGGAUCCAGAAGCUUGGACCAGUCCAUGGAGGAGGAGGAGGCGGUGGCAGCAGCAGCAGCGGCCUUGGUGGCUCGGCCUUGCCUAAGCCAAAAUUCGCUUGAGAGACGUGAAGAGUCUCUUUUGUAAAUUUAUAUAUAAUACAAAAAGAAGGGUUUUGUGUUUGUGUUGUAUCCUUUUUUUUGUGGAUUGUUGUUGUUAGUGAUCUUUCAUCGUCAAUGUCAUCUUCUCUGGAUUUGAUGUGUAAUGACUGCCAACUGGGGAAUGGUUGUGAUUUGAUGUUUAUGGGAUUCAACAUCUUCUCUACUUUGGCUUUCUACUUUACAUAUGCUUUUGUGGAAAUUUGAUGGCUUAAUCAGUUUGUAUAUGUUUGGCUCCAUUAUUUUAGUUUGUGUAAGAAAAUGCAUUAAGUGUU